CCACUCACUUUACUCUCAUCAUUUACUACCAUAAUUAUAUUUUUAUUAAAGAAUAAUAUACAACCCUAAUCGCCGCCGUCGAAUGGAAUUACUGACCGGCGACGACCGGCGAGUCACAAACGCCACCGGUUUCACUCAGCAGGUGUCUCCAUUUCAAGAAACUGAAAGUUUUCUCGUAUGUAAUCCAACGGCUGUGAUCCACUCAUCACCGUCAUCGCCGCCGCUGCAGAAGCUGAAUCCGAUCAGACCAAACGGCAGGUCGACGCUGUUGAAUUCCCAAGGGAAUGGUAUGUCUAUGAGUACUCACUGUGGUUUGGAGAACUUAGGGAUGUUGGUGGAGCAGGUCUGUGGAGUUAAUGGAGACGGCGGUGAUUUUUUUAUGCCGGCUCCGGGGAAAGCAGAGGGGAAUGAGACCCGUUGUAACCGAUCGGGUCACCCGAAUUAUGAAGCGGGUUUGUUGGGAAAUGAUGACGAUAACUACAGUUCAGCUUCGGAUGAUGAUCCGUUAUGCGGGAUCAAUGAUUGUGGGAGUCGGAAGAGAAAGCGAAAAUCGACGAAGAAACUUGAAGAUUUUUUGGAGACUUUAGUGAUGAAAGUAAUGGAGAAGCAAGAGCGGAUGCAUAAUCAGUUAAUAGAGACGAUAGAGAGGAAAGAAAGGGAGCGGGUUAUCCGAGACGAAGCUUGGAAACAGCAAGAGAGAGAUAAAAUCAAACGGAACGAGGAGAUAAGAGCUCAAGAGAAUGCUCGUAAUCUAGCCCUAAUUUCCUUCAUUCAGAAGGCGAUGGGCCAUAAAGUCGAAAUCCCUCAAUAUCUAACAAUGAUUCCUCCUCCUGAUAAAAGUGAAGAGAACAGCGACAGAGCUGAUGUUCCCCUUCAAAAAGAUUUUGACAGCGACUCAAGUGGUAAAAGAUGGCCGAAAGCUGAAGUACAAACCCUUAUAACGCUACGAGCUUCUCUGGGAAGUGCAAAAAACUCUAAUAUUUGGGAUGUGAUAUCUGAUGGAAUGUGCAACAUGGGCUACAAUCGCAAUGCAAAGAAGUGCAAAGAAAAAUGGGAAAACAUGAACAAGUACUUCCGAAAAUCAAUCGGAAGUGGCGAAAAGCGGAAUGAAAAUAGUAAGACUUGCCCGUAUUUUCACGACUUAGAUAUUUUAUACAAAAGUGGAUUUGUCAUACAGUAGUUGUUUAGGGGUAAAGGCAAAUUUAACCUGCUAAGUACUAACUGAUUGAAGAAAUCUGAAAAGCACAUUGAGUUUAUAUGAUCUCAAUUUUAUUCUUAUGUGCUUUUGGAGUAAUCUGUAAUAUAUUUUGGCAGAAUUUUCUUGAUUACUGAUUGCAUGUUGGAUAUGUAUUUGUAGAAAAAUUAUAUGCUGAUCACUUUUUCUAACAGAAUAUUCUCAUCUGGGAAAUUUUCGCUGGUUCUUCA